AUGAAGAACGACCGGGCGCCAGUCGCAAGCCAAUCAAUUGGUCGAGACCUGAUCAUUCUUCUCUUCUUGACGGCGUCCCUCCUGGCCUCACCCGUCUUUUCGGUGACCAUUACCGUGUGCAGCAGCGGUUGCGGCUAUCCAAGUAUAGGCGAAGCAGUGAACGCGGCAGCUCCCGGCGACACAGUUGUUGUCGCUGCGGGCAACUACGAGGAGACAUCACAGCUCAACUCAAUCGUGUCUGGUAUUACUCUACAAUUCGACGAUGUCAGCGUCUCUUGUUCCCAGUGUAGCGCUGGGCCGUGGUUCUCCCUCCUGGCCGACGCAGUGAUGGAGGGAACGCUCACCAUCGUCGACUCCUUCAUGAGUGUCGAUGACUCCACCUUCCAACAGAACGGCAACAUCAGCAUCAGCAGCAAAACGGCAACAGGCGUCAGCAUUUCUACUGGUGCGACCUGGGCUCAGAAGGGCACCCUCUCCGUCCAGCUGCAGGCCGGAGCCUCUGGGAGCGGGGUCCAGGUGGGAGGCAACAGCCACUGGAUACAGGACGGAGCGGCCACGAUCCACGUGACCAACUCCACCUCGGGCUAUGGCGUAUAUCUGAACGGCGUCGGUGCCACGUGGCAGCAAAAUGGCCUACUCACCAUCGAGACCGAGUACUCGGGCGCCGGAGUGGAGCUGCAAACGACUUCGCUCUGGGGCCAAGCGGGCAAGACCCUGAUCACUGCCACCGGGGGCGUUGCCGUCACGCUGGGAGGCACCAGUUCGUGGCAGCAGAACAACACCGGCCAAAUGCGCGUGUCUGAUACCACCGGCGUGGCCUUCCUUACCAACGCCACAUGGCUCCAGCUCGCCGGCAUGACGAUCGAGGUGACCUCGACCAAUGCUGCCAUCAAGUCAAUCGGUGUCGACAUGCGGACUGCGGGAAUCUGGGUGCAGAGCGACAGCAUCGCCUUCGGCUCCACUGGGAGCAACGUCGAGGCAAUCGCGUGCACGGGCAGCGUUGUUCCGGGCUGGACGAGCUCUGCGAAUGUGAGCGGCUAUACAGGUGCCUGUGCUCCAUCAGGCACAGCUGCUGCCUCUGCGACGCCGAGUAGUACGCCUCUGGCGAGCCGUACAGCGACCCCCAGCGCCAUCCCCAGCAGGACGCCGACUCCCACUGCGAGCGCUUGGCCGACCGUCACGCCCACGCCCACGCCCAGCCCCAGCCGCACGCCGACUCCCACAGCGAGCAUCUCGCCGACCGUCUCGCCCACGCCCACGCCCACGCCCUCUUCCACUGCGAGCCCGUCCACCAGCCGCACGCCCAGUCCCUCAGUGACCCCGUCGUUCUCUCCCAGCUCGUCGCCCGUCUACCUGAUCUCCAACACCACCACCGUCGAGUCCGUGCCGGUGCUCAAGUUCAACCUGACCGCACCCGACAUCAUCCUCCUGCCCAAGGAUAACCAGGGCACGGUGCAGUCCAAGGCAGCGGUGGGCGUGAGCCUGGCGCAGUUGAAAGAGGUGGACGAUGACGGCGCGACCGUGCGGCUGGGCACCACCGUGUCGGGCUCGUGGAAGCCGGUGGUAGACUCCGAGCUGGGCGCCAGCAGCUCGUACCUGUUCACGGGGGGCCUCGACACCUUUGACGCCGCGGGCGACCCCAUCGCGACCAGCAACAGCAGCGGCAGCCGGGUCGAACUCCAGUUCUACCUGUUCGACACCAAGACCAACAUCUCGGUGGGCGACCUGGCCUUCGACGCGCUGCCCUCCUUCGCCAAGUUCUCGAUCCGCCUGUUCGACUGGCAGUGGGCCUCGCCCGCCGACCGCAUCGAGCUGCGCAUGAAGAUCAACCCGUCGUUCAUCAACUUCACCCGCCAGCCCAACACGCCGCAGGCCGGCGUGACGACCUUUAUCCUGACCGGACAGUACGCCGCCGAGCAGGACACCAAGACCCAGCUGCGGCUCAUCGACGCGAUCGAGCUCGACGGCCGCCAGGUGGGCUCCGGCGUGCUGUUCGACCUCGACGCCGCCACCUCCGAGCUCGUGCUCCGCUUCGACUACUUCAACUCGACCCUCGUCUACGAUCCCGACCUGGGCGUGCUGUUCGGCUCGCCGGCCAGGGGCGAGGGCAGCAGCGGCAGCGACAGCAUGCCCCUGAUCAUCGCCGUGUCGGUGGCGGUGCCAGUGGCCAUCGUGCUCGUGAUCGGCGCGGCGGUGCUCAUCACCGUCAUCGCGCACCGCAACCGAAAGCAGCGCCGGCGUCGCCUCACCAAGACCAUGCAGAUGCACCAGCUCUGA